ACAAUGAAAACGGACUCGUUGUUGUCGGAGGAAAGAUUAGAAUGGAGCCUCUGGUGCUGUUUGAGCGAUCCUCUGCGAUCCCGCUGCUGUGUUCGGGAAAGGCCCAUUGUACCGUCGAGGCGGCAGGAAUCCUAUUCAUCUUCUUCACCAAUAUGGUUUGUGGACUCUGACGAGCCAAAUCUGACAUCAGUUCUGGAACACCUAGAAGAUACCAAGAACAACCAUUCAGUAAGGAAGGAAGCCAAGCUAUUUUCUCUUUUCCUCAUGAACGUUAUAUUUAGAAAUUAAAUGUAAGAGAUAAUAUGAUAUAAAAGCAUGAUUAAUGACUAUGAUCUUAGAGGAAAUAAAAUCAUCGAAUACAUGAGGGAAAUAAUAAAGAGAAACUAGGUAGUAAACAAGAUUUGAAGGACUUAAAAUAAUUAAUGGCAUUUCUUGGUAUUACUUGGUUUGUGUGAUUAAUGGCAAGUCUUAGAGGAAUUAAAGCAUGAUUAAUGACUAUGA